UCCUGAUCUCGCUGGUACAAAUCAGAGGAGCUUCCUUAAUCUGGUCUGUAGCUCAGUGUACUCCUAACAAGCGACUAUGUCUUUUGUGGACACUCUGCGCCAGUGGAAUGAGGCUGUCACCUGUGUUGACAGACAGGAUUUGACAGAAGCGUUCAGGAUUUUCCUGUCAAUCCAAGAACCAAACUCCAAAAUUUGUUUUAACAUAGGCUGUCUCCAUCUUCUGAACAAAGACCUGGAUGCUGCUGAAAAGGCCUUUGAUUGCAGCAUACGUAAGGAUGAGCAUUUGGCUGUCGCCUUCUUUCAAAGAGGAAUCACCUUCUACAAAAAGGAGAGGUAUGAGGAGAGUUUAGGUGAUUUCCAACAGGCCUUCAAAACACUAAGAGGAAACCAGCUGAUAGAUUACAAAGCUCUUGGUCUCAGAUACAAACUCUAUGCCUGUGAUGUUCUCAACAAUAUGGCUCUGGUUGAAGCUCAGCUGGGCAACUGGGAAAAGGCCCAGGAAUGUCUUGUGAAAGCUCUGGACUACAAGACAGAGACCAAGCUCAAUAUCAUUGACAAAGCUCUGCAGUCAACCCUGAAACAGAAACUUUUCAAACUCGUCGAGUUCCCAUCAAAAGUGCUAUUUAAACCAAAUACGCACUAUGUUGCUGAGCUGGAGAAGAAGGACUACCUGGGCAAAGCAAAGGUGGUUGCCUCUGUGGUUCCUCAGGACAACUUCUCGGGGUUUGCUCCAUUACAGCCGCAGGUUCAAGAUGGUCCACUUCGUCCAAAGGAACCUGAGGUUCUCAGGGCUUUGGAGGGAGAACCACACACUGUCCUGUUUGAGUUUGUUCCUGAGACCAGCGAUGAGUUGGCCGUCGUGCCGGGAAAUAUUGUGUUUGUGCUGCAGAAGGGAUCUGACAACUGGGCGUCUGUGAUCUUCAAUGAAAGAAGGGGACUUGUUCCUUACAAUUACCUGGAACGUUUGGAGAUCUCACUGGCCUCCAAACAGAACGAGGGACAGGGAACACGUGCUCCUCCAAGUCGAGAACCACCAACCAGACCUGAAAGGAAACAAGGUCCUACUGCAGCUGACAACAGCAGUGGAGACGCACAACGUAAAGAUCCUCGGCCCGCUGACAAUUCAUAUAUUGUCAAAGUCCGUUUCACAUUCAACUUUGCAGUCUCGGUACCAGCUGAGUGUCCCUAUGUAACGCUGAUUUGGAAAAUCAGUAGGAAACUGAAGGUCCCUUCUGCUGCAGUCACCUUGAGUUUAACCUCUGAGGCUGAUGAACAGAGCGUGAUCAACGCCGACACAGAAAUGGAAAGUGUGUGGAGUCGUGCCAGUGGCCGACGGAUCACCCUGUGGUGUAAGACCAAGGAGCAAACUGAUGGAAAGCCACACGGCGAGAUUCACUUGGUGGCUCUUCAUUCCUUUGAGUCAUCAAAUCCAGAGGAUCUCAGUUUUCAUCAAGGGGACAGGAUCAUGUUGCUCUCCAGAGUUAACCAGGACUGGUUGGAGGGACAGUGUAAUGGGAGCACUGGUAUAUUCCCUGCAUCCUUUGUGGAAGAAGUUCCUGUGAAUGGCCAGUAAAAGAAGUGCAGGAUCAUGAAGACGUUCCUUCCUCUUCGUAGGCAAUAGCUAUGCCUCUCCUGCCCUCUACUGCCUUCACCACCGGUGUCUCUCCCAACUUCUGCUCUAAGCCACGCCAGCUCCGCUCCGCCAGAAAAGAUGCUGAAAAGACGAAGCAAAAAUGUGUCAUUCAUUGAAAUAUGAGACAUUUCUAAAUGUCCUUCUGCGUAUUUAAGAAUAAAACAUUAAGCUGCAGAGUGUAACAGUCGUUGCAUGUGUGCACAAUUCUGCAAUAAACUUGUGGAUGUGUGGAAAUUAAA